UUUACUUCUCAAACACUCACCAGCAUUUCUUGUGACCAUUUGUGUGGCCUGGUGAGUUGCAUCCAGUUUGGUUGAUUUGCUCAUGGACAAGAGGGGACAUCUGUGAGACUCACUGGCCAUGAGGUAGAGGGCCAUAGGCUGUGGGUGGAGAACGGACAUCAAGUGCAGCAGCAGUAGAGGUGGGUUCUCGAUAACUGAGAUCUGAUGUGGUUCUCAAUAGGUGAGGCUGAAGGAAAAAACAAGUUGGGAGGGAGGCCUUCAUAGCAGAACUGAAGGCUGUGCCUUCGAUGUGGGCAAUCAGAGUCAGGUUAAUAGUUGAUACUGUUUGAACUUGCCAUGCAGUCUCUGGAACACACAUGCUGAGUAAUGACUAAGACCAGGGAGAUGUCUAUGGGAGCUGGGGCCACGGGACUGCACGUGUGAGAGAGGUGUGGGAGAAGGAGUGAUGUGCUCUUGGAGAGGGAGUGUGAAUUCAUGGCCACAGAUCCUUGAUAUUGACAAAGAAGUAAUGAAGGUUGAGUCCAUUUCUGGUGAUAACUGAAUGAUAACUACAUGGGCAAUUUUAGGGUAAUUCCUGAAAAGACGGGUGUCGUGAUGCUAUAUGCCAGGUCCCGAAUUUAGGUGUCAUAUAGGUACACACCUGCCUGUGGUUGUUGGGCUGAUACAGUGAUCAGUAGGAAUGGGAUAGCACACAUCAGUGUCACCUGGGCUUGAAUAUCUCUACUGCCUUGUGGAAGGAAGAAGGAUAAGAGGGAAAUACAUUACAGAGGAGGUGAGUUGGAAUGUUGAAAAGAAGCUCAGUAGAAAAUAUCCCCUCCUCUCCAUGGCCUGUAUGUAUUGUCUUUGAAGUUGUGACUCUGGGAAUGAAGCAGUAUGAGAGAAGUGGGAUAGGAAGAAUAAUGUGGAACAGGUAGCACCAAGUGUUGACUUCAGCACCCUAGGACUGGAAUCGAAAGGGCGACUAGUGAUACCAUGUUUUUCAGGGUCUUGGAGGGAGAAUUUGUUGGACAAGAAGGAUAUUGCCCCACAAGACCAGUGUCAAAUCACUCACAUCUCUCUUUAUGGCCAACAUUUAUCUGUACCCUGUGUUGGUGACACCCAUUGUGUUGACCCUAAAUUUGAGGCCCUGAGGACAGGAUAUGGACUUUGAGGACGUGGCCAUUGCCUUCUCUCAGGAGGAGUGGGGGCUCCUUGAUGAGGCUCAGAGACUUCUGUACUGCGAUGUAAUGCUGGAAGUGUUUGCACUUGUCUCAUCUGCAGGUUGCGGGCAUAAAACAGAUGAUGAGGAGGCCUGUCCUGAGCAGAGUUUAUGUGUACAAGGAGAGUCACAGGUCAGGGCUUCUGAGACAGAGCCAGCAACACAGAGGACUCAUCUGUGUAAGCAGUGUUUCUCUGUGUUAAAAGAUAUUCUGCACUUGACUGAGUCACAAGCAGCAGACUUUGAACAGAAAGCCUUCUUUAGUGACGCAUGUGUGAGAGACUUCUGUUUCAGUGCAAACUCGCACCUGCAACAGAGGGAUGGCCCUGGAGAGACGCCCUGGAGAGAAGCUGUGGACAAGGCCUCGUUUAUGACCAGGAGCAGCUUCUCAUCUUGGGUGCUUUCAACCAAUAGAAAGGAUGGCAAUGUCUUUCCAGACAUCUCAGAGCUUCUGCAGCACCAGGCCCCUCUCAACACUGAGGGGCCACACAGUGGCAGUGAGGUUUCACAGGAAUUUGUCAGUGGAAAAAGUCUUCAGCAGACUUGCAACUGUGAAAUAUUUGGCAGCCAAAACCAGAAAGCUGUUCAGCAUCAGGGUGCCUGCUCUGGAGAAGUGAAAUAUGAGUGUGACAACUGUGGGAGAGUUUUUAGACAAAUUUUUCAUCUCAUUCGACAUGGAGAAAUUCACACUAGAGGAAAGCUCUAUCAGUGUAAUGACUGUGGGAAAUCUUUUAGGAGGAAUAGUACUCUCUUUAACCACAAGACCGUUCACACCGGAGAAAAGCCAUAUCAUUGUAGUGACUGUGGAAAAUCCUUCAGGCCAACGUCUCAACUCACUGGACACCCUAGUGUUCACACUGCAGAAAAACCCUAUAAGUGUGCUGAUUGUGGGAAAUCUUUUUUGAGACAUAGUACUCUCCUUAUCCACAAGAGAGUUCACACUGGGGAAAAGCCAUAUGAGUGUACUGAUUGUGGGAAGUCCUUCAACAGAAGCUGUUACCUCUCUGAACACAAGAGAAUUCACAGUGGUGAAAAACCUUUUGAAUGUAGUGAUUGUGGGAUGUUGUUUAGACAAAAGACAACCCUCAUUCAACACUACAGAAUUCAUACUGGAGAAAAACCGUAUGAGUGUAGUGAAUGUGGAAAGUCCUACAGGAAAAGGUCUCUCCUCACUGAACACCACCGUGUUCACACUGGAGAAAAACCCUAUGAGUGUACUGAUUGUGAUAAAUCUUUCAGGAGCUAUAAUGGGCUUGUUAACCACAAGAGAGUUCACACUGGAGAAAAGCCAUUUCAGUGUAGUGAUUGUGGAAAGUCCUUUGGGCAAAGGUCUCAACUCACUGAGCACCACCGUGUUCACACUGGAGAAAAACCCUAUGAGUGUGCUGAUUGUGGUAAAAAUUUCAGGAGCUAUAAUCGGCUCUAUAUCCACAAGAGAGUUCACACUGGAGAAAAACCCUAUAUGUGUACUGAUUGUGGGAAAUCUUUUAGGAGAAAGCCUACACUCCUUGACCACAAGAGAAUUCACACUGGAGAAAAGCCACAUGAGUGUACUGAUUGUGGGAAGUCCUUCAGAUUAAGCUUACACCUCUCUGAACACAAGAGAAUUCACAGUGGUGAAAAACCUUUUGAAUGUAGUGAUUGUGGGAAGUUGUUUAGACUAAAGGGGAACCUCAUUCAACACCACAGAGUUCAUACCGGAGAGAAGCCCUAUCAGUGUAGUGAGUGUGGAAAGUCCUUUAAACAAAGAUGUUUGCUAACAGACCACCAGAGAAGUCACACUGGAGAAAAGCCGUAUGAGUGUAGUUAUUGUGAAAAGUCCUUUAGACUAAGACGUUCGCUCAUGGAGCACCACAGAAGUCACACUGGAGAAAGGCCUCAUGAGUGUAGUAAAUGUGGGAAAUGUUUUAGCAGAAAACGUAGCCUUGUUAGACAUCUGAGCGUUCACAUUGGAGCAAAGCCUUAAAUGUGCAGGGGACCUUUUACCUUUCUCACGCUACAACACUGCAGGAGACUUAAAUCCAUUUGCCUGAAUAGAAACCCCUUUUGUCUGAACAUACACUGUGGGAAAUUCCUCAUAAGUUUGAGGUACAAGUGAGGCCUGAAGGAGCUGCACUGCACUUGUUAACUUGCCGAGGACUCUUACCUCAUUGAUGUCACUGUGAGUAUUUGUGGCUGAAGUGACCUCCUCUACCACCUAGGUCACCUGAACAGUGUGCACCUGUCACCACCCCUGUGUGCUCAGGGGAAAGGAAUUCUCCUCUUCUU